AACUGGGUCACAUUAGUUGUAAUAAAUGGCGGACGAAGAGGUAAACAACAGCGAUUGUGACAAUUUAACAAAAGUGAACAAGAAAAUAUCAAAACGGAGUCUCAAAAGACUACAACUUACAGCUGCCAAGAAGCUGCGAUGCGAUUUAUGUCCCAACAAAAGGUUCACUUCUCUUAAGAUGUAUGAUGACCACAUGGCGUCCAAGAAGCACGGAAAGAUUAAAUUACGCAAAGACUCUGAAGGAGCGUGGGUUUGCCAGGCUUGUGAUCUUGUUCUUAGCUCACAAUCUGAAUGGGUGAAGCACCUCUGUGGUCGUCGACAUAAUUUCAAACUUAAGGAGUGGAGUUUAAAACUCUUUCCAACUUUAUAUCCAGUCACUCAACAAGAAAUAGAUUUGUUAGAUGACUCUUGUUAUGAAGAGACAGAGGAGAAUGAAAAGGAAGACAAUGGGUGGUAAGAUGAGGAAAGUGAAUCAAUGUUUGAACUGAAGAUCAAUGGAAAUGAUACAACCUGAAAUGGAAUGAUGAAGGUCUCGUAGCAGAAGAAGAUCUCCAUCCACUCCACAGAAAGAUCUUCAGGUUUAGCUCCUUGCUAUCUCCUCUUUCCUUUUGGCAUUAAGAAAUGGAUAAUUUGUACGAAACUUUGAUGUUUGAUGCUCACGAUACCCUAACCCGGGGCAAGUUUGAAAAAGGGAAGUAAGAUGCCAACAACUCAAGAGAAAUAAACCUUUCCACCAUAAUAUCAGUAUGCAUAUUCUCUAUACUUGUCUCAGUACUUUUCCAAGGGGUUAAAGUAACAAUGCACUGAACAUUAUUGAGGGUUGCAGCAAGUCAGCAAAGCAGACCUGCUGUACUGAGAACGGUAUAUUAUAACAGGAAAGCACUGACACAAUAUUUUAAGAUUGGAGCGUUUCUAGUCGCAGACUAUCGUAUUUGGAGGAGAUUCUCCUCUUCAUCUUUUCCCAAUCAACUUGGCUUUCCAGGAUAAACAGACGAGGAAAAUCUACAUACAAUAAAAUAGCCAGGCUUGUUUGGGCAAAACUCGACUUUUUUUUUCUCUUCAAUUUUUUUUCUUUUCAAUGCACUCUUGCAUUGUUUUUGUUACGUUUUGCGGUCAGAGACGAAGUCGAGAUAUAAACAAUAUGCUUACUGGCUUACUAGUAACCAUAAAAAAGACAAAGCUAUAUUCACCUAUUUUGAUCGAGAAAAAGCUGUUUGAAUGAAGGAUAUCACGAUCCCGUGUUUAAAAAAUUGACGGAAACGGUCAGGUUGCCAAUCAGAACAAAGCGUCGUCUCAUUGCACACACGCGUUAGCGCGCGCGCGCGCACGUAGUCAGGUGUAGGGUGACCUAUUCAGUUACACUGUUAGCCAGCAAUAGUAUGGGACAACGGAUCGUGCCAUUAAAAUGAGCUACAGAUCAGUGUGAGGAGUGAGACAAAUCGAUGCUUCGCACCUCGUUUUCGCAGAUCUGUCAUCUUAAUUAUUGACCAUGCAGUCAAGAAGAAAGGAAGAGCUAUCCUUACCGGCUCAAUUUCCUAUAUUCUUACAAGAAAAACCGUGAGAAGUUUAAUGCCCUGAGGACAAAUUCGCUUACCUUACUUGUAUAAAAAUUCGCGCAGUACUAGAAUUGGCGCACAAUGUAAGUGCGCGAAAUUUCAUACUGCGCCAAAUAUAAUCCGCGCGGAAAGGUUUUAAAUUAAAUAUUAACUUUAUUGACAACUUAAGAAUUGAGAAUUACACAGUGUACUACGAAAUACUAUUACAUAUGGUAAUAUUACAACAGUUAACAUUAUCACUGGAUACUAAAGAGUUUUUCAGUGAGAAUUAGAGGUUGGUUUUUAAAAAGGCAAGUUAUCUGUUCUAUUUAUGCGUACACAGAUUACCAUCAAAAAUUAUAAAUAAAAAAUUACUUCAUGAUCAUCUUCUUCAACCUGAGAAAUUUCUGUCGGGAUUCUUUCUGGUUCCCUGUAAGAAGUUUUUGUUUCUUUUGGAUAAUAUCUUUUUAUUUUGCAUUUUCUUCACAAAUUACUAUUAAUGUUAAUGUUAUCAUAGGCCAUACCAUCUGUGUAA